UUUUAGCAUGAAACAUGUUUAUUCAGUGGAUUCUUGUGGAGCUGCAGUACAGAGAUGAACAUAAUAUGAACAUCACAGACUUUGAAAAACUCUUGAAGCUCUUCAACAAGGAUGAUAAAUUUGCAAGAAAAGUGUCGUGUUCCCCAUUUCACUGCAGUCAAAACAAAAGUGAAACAUAACUCGUCAAACAAGUUGUGACGCAGAGAGCACAAAGAGCAGCAGAGAAUCAAAGUGCGACACAAAACCUGCCAUUAAACUGAAUAAUCUGCACUUCUUUUCAUCAUGGAUGGGUCAAAUGAAAGAAGGAUUGUCCUGCUGGGAAAAACAGGCUCUGGGAAGAGCAGCCUGGGAAACACCAUACUGGGAGACAGCCUGCUGAAGGUGAAACUGUCUCCAGAGUCCGAAACAAGUGAAUGUCAAACAGAAACCAAAACUGUUGGUGGCGUACGCACCACUGUGGUUGACACUCCUGGCUUCUUUGAUACAAACAUGUCUGAAGAGGAGCUGAAGCUUGAGGUAGUGAAAUGUAUUAAAGAGUGUGCUCCAGGGCCUCAUGCUUUUCUCAUCGUGCUCCAGUUGGGAAGAUACUCAUAUCAGGAGAAAGAGGUCAUCAAGAAAAUGCUUGAAUGUUUCUCAGAGGAAGCUCUGAAGCACGCUGUGAUUGUCUUCACACAUGGUGAUGACCUCCCUGAAGGAAUGAAAAUCAAGGAUUUUGUUUGUAAAAGUAAAGAUCUGAGUGAUCUGGUGAAGCAGUGUGGUGGCCGGUGUCAUGUUUUUGAUAAUAAACGCUGGAACAACACCAAUCACGGUGACUACAGGAGUAACCAGUUCCAAGUGAAGCAGCUUCUCAAGGCUGUCGAUGAGAUCAAAAACAGCAGAGGCUGCUACACCAAUGAAAUGCUUCAGGCAGUGAAGAAAGAUCAGUGGAACAUUGAAAUGCUUCUGAAAAGUUUAGCUGGUUUCACUGUAGGAGCAGUGCUGGGAGCACUCUUUGGUGCCAAUAAAUCAGUUUGGAGUGCAGUCAUUGGAGGAAUAGCUGGAAGUGCUGUUGGUGGUGCUGUUGGAUACAGUUCACCAACAGUACUGGAAGCUGUGACGAAUACCAUUGACACUGGAAUGAAAUUAAUAACAACCAUUGAAACUUUUGACAGUGGAACCUCAAAGAAGGGUUCACCCAGAAAAGAUAAGUAA